UUUCAAGAAGUCGACCUGACGCAGUCGCAGUAACAGCUCUCACCUAGCUCAGUACUCCUGCCAACAGGUCUCACACUUGCGGCACAUUCCCAAGCUCCACUUUCCCAAGCUUCCUAACCCGAACCAGCCUCCAAAAGCCGCAUCUUGGGCUCUUCAGCGACGCAUUCCAGCCCUCAAAAUAUCAUGGAGGCGGCGAUUGCAGAGGCAGACAGGCAGCUGGCCGAGUUGCUGCAGUUGCAGCAGAUUCAGCAGAAGCAGGACCUCAUGCGGCUGUCCGAAGCUCACGCCGUGUCCAACGCGGAUGCCGAGUUCCGGAGGGGUCUCGAGGAGCUGAUUCAGGACCAUCUCAACACGUGUCUCACCCUUGCCAGCUGCGGCACAGCCGCUCACCAUCACCAUCCAUAUUUAAGCCACCCACCAGCCACCGAGGGUCCAUCUCAUAGCAGUGUCUCGUCUGUCAGUGCUGUCAGCUCCCCCGAGUCGGCCAUCGGCAGCAGCGUCGGGGGCGUUGGUACCAGUGGAACGGCAUCUGAUGGCGCUGGUAGCACCUGUUGCGUCGCCGCCCUGUGCGGUGGUGCUGCCAUGGCGAUGGAUGGUGCUUCCUUGCCAUCUCUGUUUCGUGAUGCCUCUCACACUGACGGCGACGGCCAUGUCUUCGCAUCCACUUCCACGCCCGCCACAGCCGCUGUCACCGCCGUCGCACCAACAGUCGAAGAAGUUGCCGCCGCAGCCGCGGCCGCUGCGGCUGCAGCAGCCACCGCCGCCGCUGUGGCUGUGGUGAAUGGCAGCGCGACAGCGAGCGCGGAUGGGUCGUCGUCCCCCACACAAGAGGAUAUGGCUCUCGCGCAGCAGCGGUGGGAGGAGCAGCAGGUGGACGCGGAGGCGAUACGGCUGUCGCUGGAGCGACUGGCAGGGCUGCAUGCCGUCAGCUUGCUCGAUGACGCCUUCCUCUCCUCGCCGCCCCUCGCCUCUCACUCCCCUCCUCAGGACACGGCAAGCUAUGCGGCGCCUGGCGGCAGGGACGCGUCCGUGGGAAACACGUGGCGGCAGAUGGAUGGAGACAUGCCGGACGUGAUGCUCUCGCCGCUUCUUGAGCCUGGUGCUUAUAGCGCGGACGAGUUGAUAGGAAGCUCUGAGGAAGUGCAGGAAGGCGAGGGGACACGUGAUGAGGAGCAGAGCAGUGGGGGAGUGCAGGGGGGAGGGUCAGAUGCAAUGGAAGGGGUUGAAGUGGUGGCAAGUACGGAUUCCCGGGGGUCAGUGCGCGGGCGGUCGCCAGGGUACCUGUCUGCAUCGCCGAGCAGCAGCAACCGCUCAUCCUCCCAACCGUCACCACGAGCCCCACCGCCCCUCGCACCCACCGUGGCUGCGCAACCCAGCACUGCCAUGGGUGCUGACACCGCUAUGGAGCAGCAGGUGUUGGAUGCGGUGGACGGGGAGACGCAUCUGAUGCAGCUGCUGCUGCGCGUGGAGCGGGAGCGGCAGCGGGAGCUAGCAGCCCUGCUCUCCUUCAGGGCUGUCACCGAGUCGUCCUCACGCCACCGCAUUCAGGCGUGGAUGCAGCGCCGGAACAUGCUGCCAGACUUGCCCUCCGCUGCAGGGGAGAGGGCAGCAGGGACGGGGGCACAGUUGACGGAGGUUCAGGAGGAAAUAGGACUGCUGCGAACUCACAGAUUUGUUUCUGGGAUCGAGUCCCAGUUCCGAUCCAACUUGGAGAACCUCAUUGCUCUCGGCCCAGCACGUGCAUGGGAGAGGGGCUUCCAGCACCAGCACCAGCGGCACUGGCGGAAUCGUGCACAGCAGCAGGGGCCGCAGCUGGGCACACCUGCUCGGGGCUUUCAAAGGCCUCCACAGGGACACGCCCCGGGGGCACCCUCGCCUCCUGCCAGGGGCACUCCUGUUGCACCCGUUCAUGUCACGCGUGCCGGUGUUCCUCCCCCUCAUCGCGCCACCCUGCCACCUCCUGCACCCCUUCCGCUGCCCCCUCGACCAACGGCGCUGCCCCAUGCUCGGGCUCCUGGCAGGGGGCCUCGUCUGCUGCCCCCUGCUCCCUCUCCUCCUCGUCCCUUUGGCGCGCCUCCCCUCCCAGAGUACAACGAGGAGCUGCAGGAGCUGCUCAGCCGGCGCAGUGUGACGACGGUGCUGACAUCGGAGUUCCGGCACCGCCUGGAGCACCUCAUCCACUCCUUCAUCACGCUGCGAGGGCCUGUUGCUGCUGCCGGCGUCAUGCCCUCUGCCGCCGCCCUUCCACCGCCCCUGCAACGCCGCCAGCAGCAGAGGCUUCAGCAGCAACAGCGUCAGCAGCAGCAGCAGCAGGUACAAGAGCAGGAGGAGGAGGAGCUGAAUGGAGAACUGAGUGAUGUUGAUGGGAGUGACGGCCUGGAGCUGGAAGGGCCAGGUGAUGCAGCUGCAGCUCGCCAGCCGCCUACUCCUCCCCCACCUCCUCAGGCACGUCGCUGGCAAAUGCCCCUCCAAGCCCAUGAGGCCGUGCCCAUGGGUGGGGACGUAGGAUGGCGAGGAGGACGCGCAUUUGGUUCAGGGUUCAACCAGCAGCAUGCACAGCGCUACAUGGACCAUGGGUGGUUGGAGGUGCGGGAUGAGGUGCGGGGCAUGGAGGCGAGGAUGCAGGAGCAGGUGAGGCGCGUGGAGCAGGCCAUGGAGGUGUGCCUCUCCAUGAUGUCCGAGCUGCAGCGUGCACAGCGCCAGGAGCUAGCAGGGGCUCUGCAGCGCGUCUAUGACGCUGGCCGAGGUGUGCCUCAGGAGGCAUUGGACGGACACAAGUGGGCUCUCAUCCGCUCUGGCACAUGCUGUGUCUGCUGCGACAAGCCCAUCGACUGCUUGCUCUAUCGGUGUGGUCACAUGUGUGCUUGCGUGGACUGCGCAAAUGAGCUCAAGAGGAGGGACCAAAACUGUCCCAUGUGCCGUGCACCCAUUGUGGAAGCGGUCAGGGCAUACACGACUGCAACUAAUCACAUCUGACACAUUCACUCACAGCCCCUUCUCACCUUUCCAGCAUCUUCUCUCAAACUUCCAGUAGCGUCUGUUAUUAUAAUGCUCUACCUUUGAUUACUGCCACAUGCUCAGGGUGUUUUUGUAAAUAAGUGCUGUUAUUUAUAUGCUGACUGCUUUAUUAUGGCCAAUGAUUCUGAUUUUUGUUCACCGAUUAAGUUCU